GCGCGCUUUUUCACCUCCCCUCACAGCCCCCCAGCCAUGAUGGCGGAGGCUCUGGGGCUCUGGAUCCGGGAGGAGCUGGAGCUGCCGCCCUCCGCCGUCCCAUCCCCGGCCGUGCUCCGAAGGCUCUGCUCCGGCCACACAGCCCCGCUCUGGGAUUUUGUCACCCGCCACGUCCGCAGCGACCGGAAUGUGAAGAAGAUUCGAGGAAAUCUCCGCUGGUAUGGACACCUGCAGGAGAUGGAGGGCGCUGCGGGUCCUCCCAGCCGCCAGGGGGCGCUGCGCGCCGAGCUGGUGCGGCGCCGGAAGGAGCUGCAGGCCCUGGAGGACGCCAUUGACGGCGCACAGGAAGCAGCGCGGCGCCUUGAGACGUCCCUGAGGGCGGGGCAGAGCCGCAGGUGGGCGGGGCUCCAGCGGGGGGCGGAGCUUCGGCUGCUGGCGGCAGAGCUGAGCUCUGAUUGGCUGAGAGUCGGCCACCAGGGGGCGCUGACGGAGCCCCUUAAAAGGGCUGGCCAGUCCUGUGCGGAGUUGUCGGCCAUGUUGGCUUCCGGGGCGGAGCCGGAAGUGCUGGUGUCAAUCAAGGCCCUGUGCAGAGCCAAGGAGGAGCUGCAGAGGCCCCGCCCACCCAGGGACGCCCAGCAGGAGGCUCAGGAUUGGCUGGAUCAGGCUCAGGCGGCGCUGGUGAGUCACAGCCCCGGGGCCGUGCUGUGGGCGCUGCAGGAGCUGGCCAAUCAGAGCGCCAGGGCGCUGCUGUCCGGCCCCGCCCCCUCCCCGCAGGCCCCGCCCACCCUGAGGAGCCGCCUGCAGGAGAGCUGGGGGGCCGUGGGGGGGGUGUGGGCCCAGCUGCCCCCCCUCCUGUCCCACCUGUCCCGGCUGCGGCGGCGCCUGCAGCAGCUGCAGCCUCACCUGGGCAGCCAGGAGAGCACCUGGGCAGCAGCCAGACUCUCUCUGACCCGCGCCGGCCUCGAGGGAUUUUGGGGCUCCCUGAGCCGGGACCUGCAGCAGCUCAGGGGGGACCCUCAAAAACCCCAAAAAACCCCAAAAUCCCCCAGAUCUGACCCCAAAACCCCAAAAUCGCCGGAAUUGGCCCCAAAAGCGGCGCUGGGGCGGCUCCAGAGGCAGCUGAGGAGGAGGAGGGGCCGAGUGCUGCGGCUGCAGCAGCGCCUGCAGUUCCUGAACGCGGCCACCAGGGGGCGCCGAGCGGCACUGCGCCCCCUGCAGGAGCAGGUUGUGGGCGUGGCCCGGGCGGGGCCAGGCUCGGCCCCUCCCCAGCUGGAGGGGGAGGGGCGGCGCCGCUGCGGCCUCGUACUGGGAGCACUGGGAGCACUGGGAGAGCCCCUCCCCCACCCGGGAGCGCCGCCCCCGCUGCCGGAGCUGGGGGGGCAGCAGGGGGUGCUGCUCGCCAGGGCGGCCGCGCUGAAGCAGCAGCUCCGCCAGGGGGCGCUGCGGGCGCGGCGGGCGGGGCUGGGGGCGGGGCCGGAAGCGCCGCCCCUCCCCCCCGCGGCGGCGCCCCUCCCCCCCCCGGCGCUGGCGGCGCAGCUGCGGGCGCUGAGCGGCGGCUGCAGGGACAGGAUCGGGGGCUGGGGCCGCCUGCGGGCGCUGGUGGCGCACUGGUGGACCCAGCCGGCUCAGUUCGCCCUGGCCACGCCCCCCGGGCGCGCCCCCUUCUCCCAUUGGCUGCGGCGCUGGAGAGAAGCCGCCCGCGGGCUGUCGGCCCCGCCCACUUCCGGCAUGGCCGCACCCACUUCCGGCAUGGCCGCGCCCACUUCCGGGAUGGACACGCCCACUUCCGGCACGGCCGCGGUCGCUGCAGACCCGGAAGUUGAGGGGGAGGGGCAGCAGGAAUAA